AUGUUAUCACCAGAACAUCUUUCUGAUAUAGCUACUUUAAUUAAGAUGACUUGUUAUUAUGAAGCUAAAGUAAAAGAAGAUAAUCAUAUCAGUUAGAAGAGUAAAGAAUUAAUAUGAGCAUAACACCACAUUUUCAAGCUAGAACAAUUUAUAAUCAAUUAGCAACAAACCCUUAAGGAAUAAAUAAGGACGAUAUCUAGAAUUUAUUUAGGUAAUUCUCAUUCUUUAUUCAGCAAUUUUAUGAUGAGCAUAAAUGAAAAAGAAUUAGAGUACAUAUUUUAAUUGUACUCAAGCAAUAACAAUUAAAUUAGUUGGGAUGAUUUUUAUUAAUUAAUUUGUCCCUAGGAUACUUGUUUAGAUACUCAAAUACAUAAUAAUGUCAAUUAAUAAAUUGUUAAAGAUCUACUCUAAAUAUUUUAACGAUUAUUAAAAAUAGAAAUAACAUUCUUUCGUUAAGCUGAACCAAUAAGAAUGAUUUUAUUUGAAAAACAUAAGGAAACUGGUUUGAAAUUUUGUACUUUAGUUUAAGACUUUAGUCAUUAAAUACCUAAUUUUAAGUAUUUAUUAUAAUAUAAUUUAAGCUUAAUUAAUUUUAUGAAAUCUUAAGAGUACGUUUUUAGUAAUUAAGACAUUUAAUUUUUAAAGAAGAGGAUAAGAUGCAAUGAAGUAAUCAUCUCUUGUUAAUAAUUUAUAAAAUAUUGUCCAUUAAUUCCAUUUUCAAUAUUAAUUAAUAGAUAGCCUGAUUAUAAAUUAAUUGAGACUAAUCAAUAAUAAAUACCAGAAAUAUUUAAAUAAAAUAAUCUAUUUGUUCCUGAAAUUCCUUAAGUUUAUAUAGAUCAUCCACAAUCAAAACAAUUAGAAAUAGAAAAUAAUUAUUAAGAAAAGAGUCCUUUUAUUGAACCAAUAGUUUAAGGUGGGAUCUCAAAUUAUGAAUUUUUUACAGGAAAAAGAUUAUAGAUGAAUGGACAGAAUGAAUUUUAGAAUAGAUUUAGUUCUCCUGAUCCAAGAAUACAAGAAUAAUAAAUUGAUUAAGAUUAGAAAUUACAAUCAGUUUAAUCAUAGAACUAUUUAAGUCCAUAUCAAACUGUUUUAUAAGAUUAGAUAUUUCAUUCUCCUUAAUAAAAUGUAAAUUAUUAAGAGAAUAUGUUGGAUAAAUAUUUAAGACCUUCUAAUUCUAAUAAAUAAGAAUUCUUCAAAUAAAAUCUACCUUCUAAUCAAAACAAAGUUUAAAUAAGUAAUAAGAAACAAGAAAAUUCUGUUAUACAUCAAAACGUAUAAUAAGUAUAAACAAUGCAUUUAGCAGAGGUACCUUAUGAUCCAUAAGAGGAUUUAUUAUAAUAAUAUUUAUAUCCUGUAAAAAAAUUGGAUCAAACAAUUGAUAAAAUGGGAACUAGUACUAGUCAAAUUAGAAAAUAUAAAAUAUUUGAUGAUUCACCUUAAUCUUAAUCUUAAUAAUUAUUCAAUUAGACUUUAUAGAAAUAAAGCUAGCCUGCCUAAAUGAUGACUUUAGAGUAUGCUUCUUAAUCAAAUUAGAUGGGUUAACCAAAAAAAUCUAAAAAGUACACAUCCCCUACAUUUUCAUAAGGAUUAAAAUGA